CCAAACUUGAAUGGUUUAUUCGGAAGGCAAUCUGGAACAACUCCAGGAUAUUCUUACUCUGCCGCUAACAAAAACAUGGCCGUGAUGUGGGAGGAGAAGACCCUAUACGAUUACUUGUUGAACCCUAAGAAGUACAUUCCUGGGACGAAGAUGGUGUUUCCUGGAUUGAAAAAGCCACAAGAUCGUGCAGAUCUCAUUGCUUAUUUGAAGGAAGGUACUGCAUAG